AUGCAGGAACCAGCAGCCGAGGGUGCCGACUUACCUGAGGCUUUGCAGCAGAAGGCUCGUGGCUUUUAUGCAGCUGCCCAUGGUUUGGAUUUGUCCAGUGUCACGAUCCAGCAGGUGGCUUCGUCUACCGAGGGUGUCUACUUCUGGGCGACCAAAGACCAGGAUGCCUCGGCUAGGGGUUCUGGUUCUCAGCAGAUGAAAAGGGCCAUGAAGUGGAGGCCUGACAUGGCAGCGGCAUAUGCUGUCUUAACUGACAGCAUGAAACAGGACUUCCGCCGAGGCUGGAUGGCGACCAAAAAGUUCGACUUCGUAACAAGCCGCAGAACGUCCACUACAUCCUUUCGGAAGAGGCGGGAGGAGGCAGGCAAAUUCGUGACGAGGCUCCAGUUGACGAACAUCUUGGGCGGCACGCAGGAGCCAGAGGCCAUACAGCAGGCCAGCAGAUACAUCUCCAUGUGCACGCAGCCAUCCUUGAAGGAGUAUUGCACCCAGUACAACGAUUGGCUGGGUGCAGAAACGUACUUUUGGGUGGAAACCUUGAUCAGCUCCUGCAACCUGCAAGAAUGGACCAACACGGUUACGGUUGAGACUACGGACACUGUCUCCGGUAGCAUGGCGGCAAAGGUUACGGCUUGCAAGGCUAUGAGGGCCUACGCAGUCCACCACAACAAGCAGCUUCAGGAGGUGACUGAGGAGGCUGUUGCUUCCAGUUCUUUGGGCCUCAAAGGCUGGGCGGAGCUCUACGACGGCAUGCCUCAGGAAGCCCACAAAAGCUUCCCGAAAUCUGAUGGCUCCAACAACCAGCCCUUCGAAGCCACCGGGAACACUGCUGUUCAAAAGGCCAAGCGAGCCAAAGUCGCCGUGGAUCCCGCCGGUGCCGGUGAUGCUGUUCCUCCGAGCACGGAAGACGACAAGGCGGGCGGGAAGACCAAGGUGAAGAAGGACCAGACAGCUUCCAAAAAGGAGAAGGAAAUCAAGGAGUUCCUUGCAAUGGAACAGAGCUCGGAUGUGACGAUGAGUCGUGUCAUGGGCGAGAUUGGCAGGAAUGCUGCUGGGUGGAGUUGGGCUACCGACCUCAUCGGCACCUACAAGCAGCAUCGCACGCAGGUCUUGAAAUUAUACUGUGACAACACUGAGUUCCAAUCCCUCAAGAUUGCAGCUCUCAGCCCCAAGGAAUCCCAGAAGCUGAAGAAGGAAUUCGGCGAUUCGUAUGUCAGCAAGCUGGUGGAGUUUGUCACAGUCCUGGGACCCGCCAUCGAGCAGAUGUCCCGGUGUGCCUUGCAGGUGCAGGAGAUGGCAACGGCGAAGGAUGUGUUUCGUUUCACGGGUUGCAAGCAGCAGGUGUUUGGCCGGGAGUUUGAGGCUGGCAAUCCUUUGUGCACGCAGGUCAGUUGGCGAGCUGUUUCGCAGUAUGCCGUAGGCUACGGGCUUUCGGAUGAUUGGCUCAGGGAAGAAGAUCAAGGCGAGAUCGAUGCUGCAGCUGCUGAGUUUCGUCGAUUUCUUUUGGGGAAGUACACCGACGGCUCGUUCACCGCCGCCGACACCUGCCUCCUCGCCUACUACCAUACCCAAAGUGGGGGCCGAGGUGCCGAAGACUUCGCUCUGGCUCCAGACCAAGCCUCCACGCAUGGAUCCCAACAUUUGAAGCCCCUCAAGCUGCAGUAA